CAGGCAGCGCUGACCGAAGCACUCACGGAUCCAUGACUACCCUCAAUUCUGAUGAUGAUAACAUUAAUGUUGUCGUAAGAGUCCGGCCACCAAACGAUAAAGAGCGAUCACUAAGAGAACGGAACAUGCUUGAGUUUCCUGGCAAGGGUCAGAUUAUCUGCAAUGGCUCCGGACCGGGACAGAAGCCCAAGGUGUUCUCCUAUAACGUUGUCUUCGAACCAGCUGCAACUCAGGAGGACAUUCUAGAUUAUUCUGGAGUGAAGCGGUUACUGGAGAUGGCUGUGGAAGGAUUCUCGUGCACCGCGUUCUGCUACGGUCAAACUGGCAGUGGGAAGACACAUACUCUUACAGGGCCGCCUGGGCUGGUGGAAAAUGGAACAAGCCCCUAUUCAGAAGAGCAUGGGCUGGUUGUGAGGUCAUUCGUGUAUCUAUUCAACUUGAUACGAGAUCAACCUGAGAGUCAUUUCAUCCUCAAGGCUUCGUUCUUAGAGAUUUACAAUGAAAAGGUAAUAGACUUACUAAAUCCUGGAUCCGCUAGAAAACCGCUGCAGGUGAGAUGGUCCAAGGAGUCUCGCAGCUUUUAUGUAGAGAAUCUGUUCAUGGUGGACUGUGAGGAGCUUGAUGACUUGUUCGCUGUUCUUGAAGAAGGUAUGCGCAACCGUGCUGUCGGCUCCCAUGCAAUGAACAGCAACUCAUCUCGCUCACACACGUUGCUCAGCGUGCGCGUCAGAAGAGACAUACGAUCCGAAGGUGACGUCACGUGUUCCACUCACGGCAAGAUCAACUUCGUGGACUUGGCUGGAAGUGAGAUGACGAAGCGGACCAAUAGUACUGGGAAGACAUUGGAAGAAGCCAACAAUAUUAAUAAGAGUUUGAUGGUUUUAGGCUAUUGCAUAGCGCAGUUGAGUGACGGUAAAAAACGCGGACACAUCCCGUACCGCGACAGCAAACUGACUAAGUUACUGGCCGACAGUCUCGCGGGAAACGGAGUCACUCUGAUGAUCGCGUGUAUAGCGCCGACAAAAUCAAAUCUCAGUGAGACAAUAAAUACUCUAAGAUACGCGUCAAGAGCGAAGAAGAUUAAAUCUAAACCAAUUGUAAAAAUGGACGCCCGUGAUGCCCUGAUUCUAAGUCUGAAGCGAGAAGUUGAAGCUCUGCAAACGGAGAACCAUCACCUCAGAACCGCACUGCACUUGCAAACUGACCUGAAUAUGGAUUCCUUUACCUUAUUGAGGCGUGAAGAUAGUAAAAGAAGACCACAAAAUGAGCCGAGCAAACUGUUGCAACUUCCCAAAUCGGAGCUCGUUGACCUCAUCCAACUCCAUAUGGAUGAAAACAUUGCCCUCCGUAACGAGAAUACGGAGCUUUUCACGGUCCGGGAUCAGCUGUUGAGAGACCAGGAGUUGUUGAGUCGAGAGAAUGAGAGGCUACUGAAAAAACUGGAGGAUGUCAACUCGGUUUGCAUCAGAUCACCGAUAAUUCCCGCACGCCGAGCGUACUCUGACGGCGGAUCCAGGGAAACAAACAUUUGGACAAACACCGGAAGUUCUACCAGCAGCGCCAUCUUUGAAGACGGAUAGAUAUAAUUAUAUUAUGUAAAAAUUAUAAUAGUUAAGUCUAGUGUAAGAAAAUUAUUUAUAAAUAUGACCGAUAAAUCAACCAGGCGUAGUAUUUUAAAACAUAGUUUUUCGACAG